CACCGAUCCGUAGCCUUUUUGGCUCGAGAGGUGCUCUUGUGGGGGUGAGGCGGGGGGUGCGGCCGGGGCGUGGCCGCGCGCUUUCGCCCGUCACGGGAGCGAGUCGGUAGCCGCUAGGAUGGCUUUGCCGGCGGCAGCUGCGGAGGUUGAGGCGCUCCUGGUGCGAGCCGCCCAGAGUUCCAGAAGCACGUGUUUGCCGGAGGUGCUCAGGCAUCACCAGGGCUUAAUGAAAAACGACUCUACCUUUCCAAUUUUCAUUGGGUCCGAGGCUCUGUGUGCCUCCUUUAGGGUCGGGUGAUACCUCGGUGAUCUCGGGGCUUGGAGGUUCGCAGUUCAAUGUUUGUAGAAUCGUUUUUCAUUGUUCCUUAGGCUUCCAGCAGCUCGGGGCUGCCGGUACACAGCGCCGAAGUACCUUGCUCUUAUGCACAGGCUGCGGCGCGUGCUCGUCGCCAACCGGGCUGCGCAAAGUGGCCGCCUCGAAGCGGAGCUCGUCCGCUUUGCACGCGCGGAGGGCUGCCUGUCAGUUUCCGCGGCGCUUCGCGGAGUGCCCGGUGCUCCGACAGGUCGCGACCAACGGAAGGUUAAGAGAUUCCGGAAACUCGCCGCUGUGAUUCUGGAGAAUCGCGCCCGGAAGGCGACGGGUAGAGCUCGCCGGCGCGUUCUCCAGGGCUCCCGGAGAGCGGAGGCGGCGAAAGCGCGCCAGCAGGCGGCGGCCCGGACGCUCCUGCUUCGAGGAACGGUGGGGCCAGAGGUGGCAGCUCGCAUCCACCUCUGGCGACAGCACCGCCGCGUGCCGCGCCCUGCCCGGCAGCCGGUUUGGGGCUGCGCUUCCAAGGGGCCCAACACCCCGAGGGACCUCGAACGAGGAGUGCGGUACUUCUUCGCGCACUGGGCUUACGACCAGGAGCGCCACGACCUCGCCGAGGAGGUGGCCGGCGACCUCCGCAGCAACCGCGGCCGGCCGCUCCUGGAGUGGCUCCGGACGCGGCGCCACUGCAGGGCCACCUUUGAAGGGUCGGCCCACACGCAGGCUCUCCGGCGAGCGGGGGCUCGCCUGGGAGACGAAGGCCGCCGACGACUUUUCCUCUUGAACUUUGCCGGCUGCAACAAGCGCGAGCUGGUGGUGAAGCACGCGGAGCUAGUGCGCACCACCAAGGACGCGCAGGCUCUCUGCGACAAGGCCUGGGCACUCUGGUGCGAGCGGGCGCCCUACCUGGCGUCUGUCCCCGUGAGCGGCGCCACGGUGAAGCUGGGGGGGCUCCGGGGUUUGGCGGCUGCCGAGCAGGCCGGGAAGGCGGCACUCGGUGUCUGUGCGAUGUUGCUGGAGCCGGGCUGUUACGGGAGCAGCGUGCUCCAGCAGCUCUGCGUGCGGAGGCUCACCGGAGUUAGCGUGGAGGAGGUGUGGACGGAGUUUUCCGGAAAGUACGCCCCUCGCGGUUUCUCCCCGGCCGCCGCGGCGGUGCGCUGGCGGGCCGUCGCGUUGUGCCUCACGGCGCACUGGCCCGCUGUUUUACGGCGCGCCGCGCUCCGGGCCAUCGACGCGGCGGCCUGCGAGCACUCGUACUGCGAGUACCGGAAGUUCAAGGACGAAUCCACAGCGGUGCGCUAAGACGCACACAACAGCAGCUCGAGGGGAAGGGGCGCCUCGAAAAAAAAUAUUCACUGCGUGGAGCUCCCCAUAUGUGCA